AUGUUGGCUUACUUCAAAAAGAAUUCAAGGACUGUUCCUGUGGCGGCACAAGUUGAAGAUGAAGAGGAACAAGUUGAUGUUGUUGUAGAAGAAGCUGAAGCUGCAGCUGAACCCGUACCAAGUUCUGGAACAAAAGGGUCUGUUGAUGCUUUAAGUGAGGUAGCAAGUACAGCUAUGUUGGCUGAUUUGUUGGAGAAGCAAAUUGAUAAGAUUGGGAAGGAACAUGUGGUGCAGAUUGUAACUGACAAUGGAGCCAACUUCAGGGCAGCAGGGAGGCUUUUAAUGGAGAAGAUUCCCCAUCUUUUUUGGACACCAUGUGCAGCCCAUUGCUUGGAUUUGUUGCUGGAGGACAUUGGGAAGAUCCCAAAAUUUAACAGUUGCAUCAAAACGGCAAUGAAGGUGACCAGAUUUAUGUAUAAGCAUGGGAGGGUUCUAGACCUCAUGCGAAAUAAGAUUGGAGGGGACCUUGAGACCAGCACUCAAGAAGGUCGACGUGUCGAGAACAUUAUCCUUUCAGUUCAGUUUUGGGGUAAAGUGGAAUCAUGCCUAAAAGCUUCACAGCCACUUCUUGUUGCACUAAGGAUAGCAAAUGGAGAUGAGACACCAGCAGCUAUGGCAGCCAUGGAUGUUGCAAAGGCUGCAAUCAAGGAAUCUUUGAAACACAAACCAGAAUUCCUCAAACAAGUGCUACAUUAUUAUGAUAAUAGAUGGGAAAAUCAAAUGGAGCAGAAGCUGUAUAAAGCAGCCCUCUUCUUAAAUCCAAGCAAAUUCUUUGCCAUAAAGGGAAAAAACAUGAGACAAGCUUCGAGGUUGAGGCUAAUGUUUAAUCAAGUUAUGUGGAAGAUGGUGAGUGAGGAGGAGGAGCAUAACAAGAUAAGCAUGCAGGCUGAUGACUAUGAGAGGGCUGAAGGCGAAUCAUUCUCCAUGCAAGGAGCAAUAAGAGAUAGAGAUAGAAAAAAUCCUAUUCUUUGGUGGGGUGCUUAUGGUGGCGCGACAUUUGAGCUCCAGUGUUUAGAAAAAAGGAUUGUUAGACUGUGUUGCUCUGCAUCUGGAUGCGAGCGUAAUUGGAGUGAUUUUUCUGCUGUCCAUACAAAAAAGAGAAACCAGUUAGAGCACCAAAGGUUAAAUAAGUUGGUAUACGUCAGCUACAAUCGGAAGAUGGAAAACAAAUUUAAAAGAAUUAUAGAGUUGGGUUCCAAAGGAAAGAGAAGCAAUCCUCUCAUACUAGAUGAAUUCCAAUGGGAAAAUGAAUGGUUAACUGAAAUUGAUUGUGAACCAGUUCAGCAAGGUGGUGUUCAGCAAGGUGGUGGCAAUUUGACUUGGGCACAAGUGGAUGAAGCUAUUGGUGCAACUCAGGAGCUAGAGGGACGUAACAUGCCCCGGGCUGCUCAUGCUGCCCCUGUGAGUCAGACAUAUCAGAGGACCAGGAAGCGUCCAAGGACAACGAUUUCAGAUAUUGAUGAAGAUGGUGAUGAGCGCCAAGAUCAAAAUGCUGAAUCUAAUUCAGCGACAUUAAUGGAGGAGGAUGAAGUUGCUGCAGCUGAAGAUGGAGAUGAAGGCUUUCGUGUCAAUGAUGAUUUGCUUGAUUAG